UCGUAGCGCCAUCGAAGGGCGAACGCGGAAGGGAAAGAGGAGGGAGACGUACGAAUGUGUAGUUGGCUGACGUUUGACCUCCGGAAAUGUGAUCAUUCGAUCUUAUAACGUAGUAGGCAUUGGUCCAUUGAUAUCGUUCCGAGGAUGCUGGUGGGAUGGUGUUGAUAGCGGUUUGUCAUAGAUCUCCUUGAUCUACAGAAGACUCUGCGGCGUGAAGCUGCGUUGAGGAUUUUUAUCAAGAAAGGGGCUUGCACAUUUGUGUAAGCUGUAACAGGACAGCAGCCGACGAGGCGAUGUCGAAGGACGCGGGCAAGACGGACAGCUACGGCGCCGUGGACCAGGGAGACGCCGAAACGGCGAGGCCUGACCCGGCCGCGGCCCGCAAGCUGCCCCAGUACUUUGCCGCCGUCACAGCCAUGCUCGGGGCGCUGUCCAUGGGCACGGUGGUGGGCUGGUCCUCCACCGCCAUAGAGAUGAUCGCGCAGGAGACGCCGCUGACGGUGUCGGAGAAGUCGUGGAUCGGCAGCUCGGCGAACCUCGGCGGGGCAGUCGUGAUGCUGGCCAUGCCCUUCCUGAUGGCGCGGCUGGGCCGCCGCGGCACCAUGCUGGCUCUCGCGCCGCCGCUCCUCGCCAGCUGGCUGCUGCUCGCGCUCGUGCCCCGCGUGCCGGCCCUCGUCGCCGGCCGCUUCCUCACCGGCCUCUUCGGCGGCGCCUACUCCGUCGUGGGGCCCGUCUACAACGGCGAGAUCGCGCAGAAGGAGAUCCGCGGCGCCCUGGGCGCCUUCUACCAGCUGUUCCUGUGCUCGGGCCUGCUGCUCGCCUACCUCGUGGGCUACGCGGGCAGCCUCGUGGGGCUGUCGCUGGCGUGCGCGGCGGUGCCCGCCGUGCUGUUCGUGGCGCUGCUCUUCGUGCCCGAGUCGCCGCUGUACCUGCUCACCCGCGGCAGGCGGGACGAGGCCCUGGAGGCGCUCCGCUGGCUGCGCGGGCCGGCCUUCGACGUCCAGCGCGAGCUGCGCGAGGCGGAGCAGUUCGUCGCCGAGUCGCGCAAGAGCAAGGUGGGCUUCCGGGAGGCGCUGGGCACGAGACCGGCCGUGCGGGCGCUCGUCAUCUGCUCCGGGGUGAUGAUGAUCCAGCAGCUGAGCGGCAUCAAGGCCGUGGUCUUCUACACCGUCACGAUCUUCAAGGACUCGGGCAGCAGCCUCGACCCCUACAUGUGCACGCUGGUCGCGGGCGGCGUGCUGGCGGGCGCCACCGGGGUGUCGGCGCUCGUCGUGGACCGCUGCGGCCGCCGCCUGCUGCUGCUGCUGUCCGGGGUCGGCACCACGCUGUGCCACGCCGCGCUGGGGCUGUACUUCCACCUGCACGCCCACCACCCCGAGACGGCGGCCGGCCUGGGCUGGCUGCCCCUGGUCAGCCUCUGCCUCUACCUCAUCACCUACACCAUGGGCUUCGGCGCCGUGUCCUGGGUGCUCGUCGGCGAGAUGUUCCCGAGCGCCAUCAAGGAGGCCGCGGGCUCGUUCUGCGCGUUCGUCAACUGGUUCCUCGCGUUCGUCGUCACCUUGGUGUUCCCGUACAUGCUGAGCGGCCUGGGUCCCGCCAUUUCCUUCUGGCUCUUCUCGUCCGUCUGCCUCCUCGGCCUGUUGUUCGUGUGGUUCCUGUGCAUUGAGACCAAAGGGAAGACCCUGGAAGAAAUCCAGAAAGAACUUGCAAUGGCUUGAGACUAAAGAUAGAUUCAUAAUUUUGAUUAGGUACCAAUACUACCACUACAAUUCCAAAGUCGCCAUUCAGGAGGCUUCUCGUAUUCAUCCCAAGAAACGUCGUGAACUCUGUCUCUGUGAUAUUCUUGAUCUUAGUCCUUUGUCUGCUACAUACCAUUUACGUGAAAAAUCCUAGAUAUGUUUGUAGACAAAUUGUAUCUAGUUAAUAUGUUAAAAUAAUUGUGUUUCUGUAUCACUGUAUCUGUAUAUUAGAAAUACUGUUGUGUAGCUUUGUAUGUAUGGAACAUGUAUGAAACAUUAUAAUUCAGAACAAUACUUACUGUUGUAAAUAUAUGUUAAGAAACAAGCAAAUGUAAUUAUAAUGUACUAUUGUACCUGCAUAUAUCAUAAAUAUAUAUAACUGACAUUUUCCAUGUACCUA